CUGGCACGAGAACUUGGAGCUGAAUCAAGAUGGCGGCGCAGUAGUGCGGGUUCCAGGGCAACAACUGAGAAGCAAAACGCGGUUAUAUUUUCGAGUUACUUCGGAUUUCUUCUUGUUAAAAAUGUUAGCGCGUCAUUUAAGCUAACGUUUAAUACGUUUAAAGCAGUAGAGCUCGGUGCUGAAGUGUUGUUGUAGUCGGACUGACUCCUUCAUCCCUCAACUGCAGUUUCUGUUUAGUGUUUCUCUGCGGUGAAGGCAGUGACAUUGCCUCAUCAUAUAACCUGAGAGAAAUGCGUCUAAAGCAGCGAUGCCAUUAGUCGAUCCAACCACAGAUACCACACCCUUCGUCUCCGAUGACGAGGGGGAAGGGACGGAUACAAGGGGGGAAGGGCAGUCAAAUCAGCCAGAGGCAGAGUGCACGAGUGGCGUGUCCAAUAAGAGAGCGCUGAUGACCGUGGCAGUCCUCUGCUACAUCAACCUGCUGAACUAUAUGGACCGGUUCACUGUAGCAGGUGUGCUUCCUGAUAUUGAGAAGUUCUUCACCAUCGGUGAUGGCAACUCUGGGCUGCUCCAGACUGUCUUUAUCUGCAGCUACAUGUUUCUUGCUCCUGUCUUUGGUUAUCUGGGUGACAGGUACAACAGGAAGUUGAUCAUGUGCAUGGGCAUCACCUUCUGGUCUUUAGUGACCUUAUCCAGCUCCUACGUCAACAAAGAUCAUUUUUGGGCAUUGUUGCUGACGCGGGGGUUUGUGGGCGUCGGUGAGGCCAGUUACUCCACCAUCGCUCCCACCAUCAUCGCAGACCUCUUCAUCAAGGAGAAGAGAACUGCCAUGCUCUCUGUCUUCUACUUUGCCAUCCCUGUAGGCAGUGGUCUGGGCUAUAUAGUCGGAUCAGCAGUUGAUAACGGUACAAAAGACUGGCACUGGGCCUUGAGGGUGACACCUGGUUUGGGUCUUUUAGCAGUGUUUUUGUUGGUGUUUGUGGUGCAGGAGCCCAAGCGUGGUGCUAUAGAGUCUCGGCCCGAGCACACCCUGCACAGGACUAGCUGGCUCGCGGACAUGAAGGCUCUCUUCAGGAAUAAGAGUUUUGUUCUGUCGACGUUUGGUUUCACGGCAGUGGCCUUCGUCACGGGAUCGCUUGCUCUUUGGGCUCCUGCCUUCCUCUUCAGAGCAGCAGUCUUUACUGGAGAGAAGCAGCCAUGCAUCCAGGAGCCGUGUGACACCUCUGACAGUCUCUAUUUUGGCAUCAUCACGUGUGUGACGGGAGUGUUGGGCGUAGCAAUGGGUGGAGCAGUCAGUCAGCAUCUGAGGAAGAGAACUCCACGUGCUGAUCCGCUCGUAUGUGCUGCUGGCCUCCUCCUCGCUGCUCCCUUCCUCUAUCUGUCCAUCACCUUUGCCCAGGGAAGCACCAUAGCUACUUACGUCUUCAUCUUUUUUGGUGAGAUGUUCCUCUCGAUGAACUGGGCCAUCGUGGCUGACAUCCUGCUGUAUGUUGUUGUCCCCACACGGCGGUCCACGGCAGAGGCUUUCCAGAUCGUUCUCUCUCACCUGCUGGGAGAUGCAGGGAGUCCCUACCUCAUAGGAAAGGUGUCAGACUCACUGAAGCAGGCGGAUUCUUACAUGUGGCAGUUCCGCUCCUUGCAGAUCUCUCUCCUGCUCUGUGCUUUUGUCGCUGUGAUUGGCGGAGCCUUCUUCCUGGCCACAGCCCUAUUUAUUGAAAAAGACCGACAUCAUGCUGAGAACUACGUUCCUUCAGACGAUGCACCGAUUAUUGUCCCCAAAAGAGGAAGAUCCACUAAGGUGUCUGUGUCGAGUGUUUUAAUUUGAGCACAUGGAAGAAUCUAGAGAACGCUUACCUCACUGGGGGAAGUAGAUGGAUGUUGAGUUUACACGACUGCUGGAAUGGAAUGGUGUGGUAUGGGAUGAAGAGUCACUGAUUGAUUGGACUUUUACCCCAUCAGGGAUUUUAGGAUAAUUUAUGAUGAUCUGUUUGUUUAGUUUAUUAACAUCUUUAUCACUUUUGGGAACAUGACUAACCACCAGGAAGACUGGCAUGGUACUGCUGAAGGACUUGAUUUCCUGGGGGGAGGAGAGGAGAGGCGUGCUGUUCAGCAUUCAGAGAAGAGAUGUGUCUUACUGAGGAAAGCUGAAGCCUGUGGAAUUCUGGGAAAUGGUCUGGAAGAACAUCUCCUUUCUGGGAAGGAAUUUAAAUUGUGCGACAAACUGUGUUUGAAACCUAAAGCCAAAAGGAAGCGAUCUUAACCUUUGGGGUUUUAUAACCAACAUUUACUUCAGGUUGUUAGUUAAUUUAACUAAUGUACGGACUAAAGUACAUGAUUUAGAUAUCAUUUUACUGUCCUUUCUGUAACUACACUACAUAAUCAUGACACGACUGUUCAGUGAUUGUAUAAUGUUGCGUUACCUGGAUGACCUUUAUACAUACUAUAAUAUUUCAGCACAUCACGCAUACUAAUCCAUAUCUAGCUGAUUUUUUUUUUUUUAAAGAUUAAAACUCGGAUAUAAAUCGAGCGCCUACCCCUCUGCUUCUACCCAAGUCUCUGAUUUGUAUGAUUUCUGAAUAUUAAAAGUUUGCCGAUUGUCAUUGGAAUCAAAUGCAGUCAGUGAGGAAACAGCAGGUCUUUAGGAUGUGCCACUUUUUUUUUUUUUUUUAAUUUAUAUAUAUUUUUUAAGAAGACUAUGGUGUUUUUAUAUGAAAGGUUUAACUCUUCUGAAGAUGUAAUUUGGGAGUAAUAAAGUUUGACUUUUUUGUUGUUGAACAUUAAAUUAAGCUUCAGCUCGUG